AUGAAGUUUACAUGCUUGAGCAAAGGAAGUGGUUUCCAUUUCCCACCAUGUCACAUUCUUGAUGUAAGUGGGUUUAGGAUAUUACUUGAUUGCCCUUUGGACCUUUCUGCUCUCACAAUCUUUUCCCCUGUUCCUCUUGAUUUUCAUCCCAAACUGGAGGAAGAAACUUGUGAUUUCGCUGUCCACAAUUCUUUCGAUAUGCGGAAGAGGCAGAGGAUUGAGAAGUCCCUUCAUGCGGAUAGUUUAAUCUGUGCUCAGCCUUGGUAUAAAACUCCCAAGAAUUUGCACCUUUGGGAUCCUUCUUCCAUUGAUCUUGUACUGAUUUCGAGCACCAUGGGGAUGCUUGGCCUCCCAUUACUUACUCAAACCAAAGGGUUUUCUGCUAAGAUAUAUGUAACUGAAGCGACAGCAAGGCUUGGGCAGCUUAUGAUGGAGGAUCUUGUUUUAAUGCAUAGUGAAUUCCAGCAAUUUUAUGGAUCUGAAUCUAAUUCUCCUCAGUGGAUGAAUUGGGAAGAGCUUGAAUUGCUUCCAUCUGCAUUGAGAGAAGUAGCUUUAGGCAAAGAUGGAAUGGAGUUAGGUGGAUGGAAGCCCCUGUACAGUUCUGCGGAUGUGGAGGAUUGCUUGAAGAAGGUUCAAACACUUAAAUAUGCUGAGGAAACCUGCUACAAUGGGAUAUUGGUGAUUAAAGCAUUCAGCUCAGGCUUAGAAAUAGGCUCAUGUAAUUGGACAAUAAAUGGUCCAAAAAGAAAUGUUGCAUGUAUUUCAAGCUCUUCUUUUUUCUCUGCUCAUGCAAUGGAGUUUGAUUAUCAUGCUCUGCAAGGCAAUGAUCUGAUCUUAUAUUCAGACUUCUCAUCUGAGGGUGUUUUGACAAAUGAUGAACAUGAAAAUAACUAUUCUGCUUCAAAUACCAACAAUUCGUUAACUCUCAGGGAUGUCAGUGGUGAGAAAGAUGAUUGGAUAAAGUUGAAGGAAGGCUUAUUGUCUAAUGAUGGGAGUUUAGAAGAAAGGGAGAAACUGGCUUUUAUAUGCUCAUGUGCUGUAGAUUCUGUUAAAGCUGGUGGCUCUGUCAUUAUUCCUUUAAAUCGACUUGGAAUUGUUCUACAGAUGUUGGAACAGAUACCAGUUUACCUUGAAUCUUCUGCUGUGAAGGUUCCGAUAUAUAUCAUCUCUUCUGUGGCAGCAGAACUACUUGCAUUCACGAAUGUCAUACCAGAAUGGUUAUGCAAGGAGCGACAAGAAAAGCUAUUUUCCGGUGAGCCACUGUUUUCACAUUUCGAGCUCAUGAAACAAAAGAAACUUUAUGUCUUUCCAGCUGUUCACUCACCUGAACUAUUUCUGCGGCUUGGUCCUGUUGUUCAAUUGCUUCGACGUUGGCAUGGGGAUGAAAACUCGUUGCUUGUUUUGGAGGAUGGACUGGAUACUGAUAUGGCUCUCUUGCCUUUCAAGCCAAUGGCAAUGAAGGUUCUUCAGUGCUCGUUCCUUUCUGGAAUAAGGUUGCAAAAAAUUCAUCCUUUGCUGGAGAUAUUGCAGCCAAAAGUUGUCCUGUUCCCAGAUGAUUUGAGGAAACAAAUCAAGUUUUCAAGUUCACAUUCAUUCUCAGUAUUCUACUAUUUUGAAAAUGAAACAUUAGGUGUUCCAAAAUUGAAAGGCAGUGUGGAUCUAGAGAUUGUAGCAAACAUAGAUACACAGUUCAGUUGGAGAAAGUUGAAUCAUGAUGACAUGGAUAUAACCGGACUGGAAGGACAGCUACUCAUAAAUCAUGGCAAACAUCAGGUACUCUUAGGAAACGAGGUAUCAAACUUCUCAAGAAGGAAGCCAUUACUAUAUUGGGGUUUGCCAGAUCUGGAGAAGCUCCUGGCUGUGUUGUCAAAGAUGGGUGUAAAGGGCUCUAUAGAGCAAGGCAUGAGUGAUGCUGAAUCUGGAAGUGGUGAAAUCGUACAUAUCCAUGAACCAAGCAAAGCCUUGAUCGAAGUUAGAGCAACUAAGACUGUUAUUAGUGCUCAUGAUGAACGUUUAGCCACCCUUAUUUUUGAGGCAAUUGGUACUCUUAUGGAUGGCAUUUAG